AUUAUAUUAUGAGUUUAUAUAAACUAGCAGAAUAUAAAUAUAUUUAGUGUUAGGUGAUAAUAUUUGUGAACUGCAAUGUAUAAAAUAGUAAUUUUUGUCGCAGUUUCUGCUGUGCUAAUUCUAUCUGUAAAUGCAUACGAAUUCAACAAUGCCGAUUAUAAUCGAAUAAUAGCCGAUGAAAUAGAUAACUUUGAGAGGGAACUGUAUGUUCCAAGUGUGAGAACACGAAGAGAAGCACCAGAGGACGAAAAAUGCCCACCGAGGAAACACAAAUUGUGCUGCGGAGAAGAAUUAAUUCACAAACUUCAUCACGAUAAAAAAGACUCUAGGUCCGAAUGUUUUAAACAGAUUAUGGGAAAAGAGGAUAAUCCGAAUAGUAUUCCACACGAUCCGUUUGACUGCAAAAGUAUAGAGGAAAGACAAAACAAAUUUUUGUGUGUCUUACAAUGUGAAGGCCAGAAAAACAAUAUUAUUGACGAUGAUGGAAAUAUUAAGCCAGAAGAAUAUCGCAAAUAUAUUCAAACACAGCUUGCGGACGUUGAAUAUCUAGCUGACGUUCAGGACAAAAUUAUAGCCGGUUGUCUUGCGGAUAUAAAAAAUGCUAGUAAAUCAAGCGGUAAAUGCAAAUCGGACGGAAUGGUCUCAGAAUUUUGUGUGUUUAAGAAUAUCCAACUUAAUUGCCCUGAAGACCAAAUUAAGGAUAAGAUGUUUUGUGAAAAAAUGCGGGAGAGAUUAAGGCAAGAAAAUGGCCGACCAAUGGUUUUGCCGCCUCCUCCACCUCAUCCUAAAGCAUAAUUUGAAUGUUCAAUCACUAUAAUUUAGAUAACUGACAGUAACAGAUUCUUUAAAUGGUUAUAACAUAUUUCACAUUACUGUAUAAUCCGGCAAUACACUUUAUUAAAACUAUUCACUAUUUGAACCUA